AUGGAACGCAAAAAUUAUAAUCCGAAUAACACGAAUUACUUUCAAGAACUCUCGAAAUUUUUGGAGGAUGAUUCAAAUGACCCUGCAGAUCAUGAAGAUUUGGGUGAAGAGAGUGAAGUCGAGGAAGUGGAUCAACAUGAAGACGAUCAAUCAUCCGAACAAGAUGGUGAGAGUCAAUCAUCAGAUGAAGACGCUUUGCCUCUUACCGAAAUUGGAUUUUAUAUGGGACGAGAUAACGAGACCAAAUGGAAUAAAAAGCCACCAUCAGAAAAACGGCAUACACCAUCUCAAAAUAAAAUGGUUCCUGGUACGAAAGGAAAUGCACGCAACGCUAAAACUGUUUUGGAUUGUUGGAAAAAUUUAUUCACUGACGAAAUCAUUGAUAUUAUCGUCAAAUACACAAACCAAUAUAUAGACACCAUCCAGCAUGAAUUUUCAAGGGGGAGUGAUGUAAGACAUACUGACGUGGUUGAAAUACAUGCUUUUAUUGGCUUAUUAUAUCUAGCAGGAGUUUAUAAAUCUAGUCGUCAAUGUCUGGAAGAACUCUGGGGACAGGAAGGUGACGGUAUUGAAAAAUUUUCUCUAGUUAUGAGUAUGAAACGUUUCAAGUUCCUAAUUCGUUCCUUGCGUUUUGAUGAUCGAACUACAAGAGACCAACGAAAAACAUUGGACCGCCUUGCUCCCAUUCGUGAAAUUUUUGACAAGUUUAUCAUGAAUUGUCAGAACUCUUAUGUUCCUACUGAAAAUGUCACCAUUGGUGAGAUGCUUCUUGGCUUCAGUGGCAGAUGCCCAUUUCGACAAUGUAUUCCAUCGAAACCAAACAAAUAUGGGAUCAAAAUUUUCGCUCUUGUCGAUGUAAAAAUGUUGUAUACAUUCAACAUGGAAAUAUAUGCUGGAACACAGCCGGAGGGUCCUUUCCAUGUUAGUAACAAACACGUUGAUGUCGUGAAAAGAAUAGCAGCUCCUUUAUUUGGAUCAGGUCGUAAUAUAACUGCUGACAACUGGUUCACUGAUUUCAACCUCAUCCAUGAAUUGAAAACAAGAAAAUUGUCAUAUGUAGGCGCAGUCAGCAAAAAUAUGAGGCAGAUACCCAACUCUUUCGUUAAUUUGAAGGAAAGAACACAAAACAGCAGUUUAUUUGGUUUCAAUAACGGGACGACUUUAGUUUCAUAUGUCCAGAGGAAAGGGGAAAAUACUAUUCUUGCUUCUUCCCUUCAUUUUGACGACGCCAUUGAUCUCAGUUCAGGAGAUAAAAAAAAACCGGAGAUAUUUACUUUCUACAACUCCACUAAAAAUUGUGUGAACACAUUAGACCAAAUGUGCGCCAAUUACAGCGUACACCGUAAUAUAAACCAGUGGCCGAUGGUAAUAUUUUUUGCCAUGCUGAAUGUAGGGGGCAUUAAUUCUCAAGUAAUUCAUCUUUGUAAUCAAUCAGAGCCACUGAGACGAAAAAGAUUACUGAAACAGUUGAGUCAUGAACUGGCUAUUCCGCACAUGAAGCGAAGAAGUCAAAUGUCUGGACUACACUCUAGUUUGCAAGUUCGGUUGAAGAGAUUUUUCCCAAGAGAUGACCGUGAAAACUCACAAACACCUCCCAAUAAAAGAAGAAAAUGUAGCACAUGUAGUUCAGAGGAGGGUAGAAGGACAUUAACGAACUAUGCAUGUAGAAAAUGCAAUAAUGGAGUCUGCCUGACACACGCAAACAUGUUCUGUAAUGCUUGCUUCUCAGAGUGCCAUAUAUUAUCUUCAAAUGAAGAUUCUGACUGA